AUGGGAGAGCUGAUGGGUGCCGGACAUACCGUGAGGACGUCGAAAGACAAGAAAGAACGCCGAGUGAACACACUCAUGGCGAAGUCAAGAUAUGACAGAGUGGCGGAAUUGACACGGAAGCUAGCUGGAAUCUCGACGGCAGAAGAGAGGACAAGUGACCGCGAGCAGCUAGAUGUGGCGCUGGGUGAAAUAGCGGUGCUGGAGCAGUUGGCGGAGUCUCCUAAAAGAGACUCCACACCAAUAACCACGACACUCGUGAACCGUCCAGCGCUACCCCUUCCGGUGUUUAGCGGAGAUAUUGCAGCGUGGGGGAGUUGGCAAGCCGCCUGGGCGACUUACGACGACGACAACACGCUGACAAAUGAGCAGAAAUAUCAGUACCUUCGGGGCUGUUUGAAAGGAAAGGCGGCCGAUGCGAUUUCGUACCUGCAAUACGGGACGAACCAAUAUCGCAAGGCCAUGGAAUUGUUGACGGAAAGAUUCGGAGACCAAGAAAGGCUGAAAAAGCACUACUUGGCGGAACUUAAAGCGAUGGCAAACACUCGACUGAGCGAGACUUCCGCUCUGUCGCAGUGGCAAAAACUCCAUGACGGGCUGGCUAAUAGCGUCGCGGCGCUUAACAGCCUUGGAGUAGAUACAAAGACUCACCAAACCUAUCUCGCCCCGGAUCUACUGGCGGCCUUUCCAAGGGCGCUGGUUAGCCGGUGGAGAGACAGGUGGGAGGAUGAGGAGCCGACGUUCUCGAAGAUCUUGAAAGCCCUGCAAAGGGAAAUAAGACUUAGGGAAGAAGACGAGACGUCGGCGACAAGUGGUAGCGGGAAGCCCGUGCUAGAGUCGGCCGCUACCACAGCAAAUAAUGGAAACAGAGGCCUGGCAUGCCUAUUCUGCCAAAAGAUACAUUUGCACCAUAACUGCAACCAAGGGUCGUCAGCUCAGAGAAGAGCGACGGCAGAAAGAGAAGGUCGGUGCCUGAAGUGUCUGGCCCGAUCACAUCGGACGGAACAUUGCAUAUCGCGAAUUCCGUGCCGAAACUGCGGGAGUACGGAACAUAGCCCUGCUGUAUGCGUGGCUAGACCACGAGGCGGCGGUUAUGCGCCAGCUCCCGCAGGAAACAGAGGAUUCUCCCCUCAAAGAGCUCCAAAGGUGGUGACAAUAGACACCACCACGUUGACGAUUUCCACAAGAUCGAAGACGGGAGUACUGCCCACCUUCACGGCCUACCUUAAAGGGAAAGCCGGAGACCGGGUAAAGAUAGUCGGAUUAAUUGACUCUGGGAGCGAGAGAACGUUCGUCCGCCAGGACACGGCAACCAGAGUCGGAGCAGAAAAGAUAAGGGCCGAAUACCUGGCGGUCAACGGGUUCGGAGACCAGAACAAAGCGGGCAAAAACCAGCGGUGUUCGGACUCAGACUCGCGGGACUUAGCCAGGAUGCCCCAGAUAUAA